GCCAAGUCUAUUCACCAUGCACGCUACUUCACUCAUCAUCUCCACCAGCCUCGCCUUGGCCCUGACACCUGCCGGCGUUCUCGGCUGGGCUCAAGCUGCCAAUGGAGUCUGGGUUGCUAGCAAUACAUGGUACGGUCGGGUUGGGAACUACAACAACGUCCACGAGUCUUGCACCAGAAUGAACAGUCAAACUGUUCUGACCAGUGGCGAGUGCGCUUACUGGACAGACGGCAAUGGCAACAUGGGCCACGGAAACUGUUACGCUCAUGACGACAAAGUUGGUUGUGAAUCAUGCAAUGAGGAUGGCCGUGCUAAAUGUCUUGUGGGUUGCCAGAUCACCUGUGCCUUUGUUGGAGGAGCGAGUUCGGUAGCAUCAUGCAUCAACCGAUGCCGUGGUUUGUGCAGAGAUCAAAACUUCUGCACCGAUGGGUAGAAGUAUAAAGGCGAGUUUAGGGCUAUACAGGAGAUGGGG